AUGAAGAGACGCGUGGCCGAGAUGGAGUCCGAAGCAGCCAAACUACGAGAGAUGCAAAGCCACCUCGAAUCACAGUCCGAAGCGGUGCCGCGAGAGGAUCGAGAAGACGUGGAUGCGCGUAGCAUCUUUGUGGGAAAUGUCGACUAUGCGGCCACUCCGGAAGAGAUUCAAGCACAUUUUGCAAACGGACCAGGCUCGAUCAACCGAGUGACUAUCCUGCUGGACAAGUUUACUGGUCAUCCAAAGGGGUAUGCAUAUGUGGAAUUCUCCGAGGCUGCAUUGGUGGCACAAGCAUUGGUUCUGAAUGAGAGUCUCUUUCGCGGUCGCAAUCUCAAGGUCGUGCCUAAGCGGACGAACCUUCCCGGCAUGACUAGAGGUGGCCGAGGAAGAGGAGGUCCGCCACGAGGCGGUCGUGGAGGAUUUGGCGGCCGAGGAGGCUUUGGUGGCUACGGUGGUGGCUAUGGCAGUCCUCGAGGCGGACCACGAGGAGCUUAUCGAGGCCGUGGCCGCGGAUAUGCUCCUUACUAG